AUGAAAUCAUCACUAGAAGCAGUGCUUGACAAGAAAAUUUAUGGGGCUGCUGCAAGGUACUCUGAAAAUAACAAUCUUCAACUACAUUAUGGCAAGAAGCUCGCUACAAAAGUGGGCAUUAAACAAGGCGAUAAAAUUUUGGAUAUGGGUUGUGGAACAGGAGAGCUGACCUUGUGUAUUGGGGAGAUUAUUGGAAAAAAAGGUCGAGUGGUUGGUGUUGAUCCAGACAUAGAAAGAAUUCAUUACGCGAUUCAACACAAUUGCAACGUGAACGAAAAUGUUUCAUUUGAAAUUGGCGACAGUUCAAAUGAAAAGAAAAUGUUUUUGCAAACGGCUUUCCACUGUCUGAAACCAAGUGGCAAAAUAGCUAUCCAGAGUCACGAAGGCUAUCCGGAAAUUGCUUUAUAUGUGGAAUGCCUAAUCUCAAAGAGACAGAACGCUUUGACUGAUAUCAAUGAUAAGAAACCGAUUCAAUUUUUUAUGUCUAAAUCUGAAGCCACAUCCCUUAUCGAGGAAAUGGGCUUUGAAAUCAUUUCAAGUGAUUAUGAUGUUGGAAAACAACGAUAUAAAACACUAGACGAUUUCCUUAGCUUUUUAAGCGCUUCUCAUUAUCACUCCACAAACUUCUCCAACAGUGAAAGAAAAGAAUUUAUGGCACGUUUCGGCAACGGAGAUGGCAGUGUGGAUUUGGUGGACCAUACAAUGUACCAGAUUAUUGCAAGAAAGAACUGCAGAAGCUGUUAA